AAGCAUGGCCCAACGGUCUCGAUCGACGAAACCUGGACAAAGCUUAGGGCGAACAUGAUUGAGAUCCAGAACCACCGUGCGGGAAACCUCUCCUACGAAGAGAAUCAUCGCUACGCAUACAACAUGGUGCUUAUGAAGAAUGGAGAGCGGCUGUACGAUGGCACCUGCGAACUCAUUGUCUCUAAUCUCGAGAAGCUCGCGAAGCAAGACAUCGAGCCGGCGUUUCCGAGCGGUACGGGAGACCCUAUCCAACGUAGUCAGGAGGGUGAAGUGCUUUUAAAGGCGGUGCGCAAGGUGUGGGAUGAUCAUACGUCUAGUUUGUCGAAGCUGCGUGAUGUCCUCAAGUACAUGGACCGUGUAUACACGAAAUCGGCCGUCGUUCCAGAAAUCUGGGAUCAAGGACUCUUGUUAUUCAUACGACAUAUCAUCCGUCCUCCAAUACAAGAUCAUCUCACAGCAGCCGUCUUGACCCAGAUAUUGACGGAGAGAAAUGGCUUCGGCAUCAAUCGAUCUGCCGUGAAAGGGUGUGUGGACAUCCUUUUGCAGCUCCGCGAGUCUCCCGACACCUCGGACAUGUACUCGCGGAUUAUGGAGCCGCCCAUACUCCGUGAAAGCGAAUCAUUCUACAAGGCCGAAGGGCAACAUCUCUUGGGAACUUGCGACGCACCAGAGUAUCUACGGAGGGUGGAAGAGCGCUUCUACGCGGAAGAGUCGCGAACACACCACUAUCUGUCUUCUCAUACUUAUGGUUCUCUGCGAAAGAUUCUUGAGAAUCACCUUCUCACCGCUCAUCUGUCCACUAUCUUGUCUAUGCCAAAUUCUGGCUUAGAUGUCAUGAUUGAUGCCGACAAGAAAGAGGACCUGUCACGACUAUAUCGGCUUUUCACCAUGGUACCCACUGGACUGCCCGCUUUACGGCGAGCGCUUCGCGAUUCUGUGGUACGGCGAGGUAAAGAGCUUGCUGUUGUGAAUACCACAGCGGAUGCGGAUGUAGGAGGAGACGAUGAAGCCGAAGACUUCAAGGGUAAGGGCAAAUCAAAGGCCGCUGGUGCCGGCUCUGGCGCACAAACACUUCAGCUGGCCCUGAAAUGGGUACAAGACGUCCUAAAUAUGAAGGACAAGUUCGACGCCCUCUGGGUACAGGCGUUCCGCAACGACCGCGAGAUCGAGACCGGAAUAAAUGAGGCUUUCGAAACGUUCAUAAAUUCCCACGAGAAGUCUCCUGAAUUUAUAUCGUUAUUCAUUGACGAGAACCUGAAGAAAGGUUUGAAGGGGAAAAGUGACGAGGAAGUUGACGCCGUCCUGGACAAGACCAUCAUGGUCUUCAGGUAUCUCACCGACAAAGAUGUCUUCGAGCGAUAUUAUAAGGGUCACUUGGCCAAACGACUACUUCUUGGUCGCUCCGUGUCGGACGACGCCGAACGUGGAAUGCUGGCUAAGCUCAAGGUUGAGUGUGGAUAUCAGUUUACGCAGAAACUGGAAGGCAUGUUCCACGACAUGCGGAUAUCAUCCGACACCAUGGAAGCUUACCAAGAUCAUCUUUCAAAAACGACGCCGCCGGAUGUCGACAUAUCGGUUAUAGUCAUGACAUCGACCUUCUGGCCAAUGUCCUAUUCGGCGGCAUCAUGCAACCUUCCGGAGGAGCUCUUGACGGCGUCCAAGUCGUUUGAAAAUUUCUACCUGUCGCGACACUCCGGGAGAAGACUUACGUGGCAGCCUUCACUGGGCAACGCUGACGUGAAAGUGCGAUUUAAGGCGCGGACACAUGAGUUAAACGUCUCGACAUUCGCCUUGACCGUCUUGCUUCUCUUCGAAGACGUCGCCGACGGCGAGAUCUUGACUUACGACGAAAUCAAAACGGCAACCGCCAUCCCGGACGUGGAGCUCCAGCGCAACCUACAGACCCUAGCGUGCGGCAAAUUUAAAGUCCUGAAGAAGCACCCGGCUGGCCGCGACGUGAACCCUACAGACUCGUUCGCCUUCAAUUCCGACUUCUCGGCGCCGCUGCAAAAGAUCAAGAUCAGCACCGUCGCGUCGCGGGUGGAGAGCAAUGAGGAGAGAAGAGAAACCAGGGACCGGGUUGACGAGGACCGAAAACACCAGAUGGAGGCCUGCAUCGUUCGCAUCAUGAAGGAUCGCAAACAUAUGGGCCAUAACGACUUGGUGAACGAAGUGACCCGCCAGCUGGCUAGUCGCUUCCAGCCAAACCCCCUCAUGGUCAAGAAGCGAAUAGAGGGUCUGAUUGAGGUACGUUUCGCGCUUUCAUACCAUUUGGCGCGCGCUUGACCUGUCUUUAGCGAGAAUAUCUUGAAAGAUGCGAAGACCGUAAAUCCUAUAAUUACCUGGCAUAGCAUGUACACUAUACUCAGCACAAUCUCACGCACU